AGGGGAGAGAGUCAAUCGAGCGGAUAACGAACAGAACACACACCCACUGUGCUCAUGGCUUCCUCUUCCUCCUCCCUUGGCCUUGGCGCCAUCUUCCAAAGCGGCUGCCCCCUCCUCCCGCCUCGCCCCGCCGUCCGCCGCGCGCCCACCAGGCGCCGCGCCGUCGCCACCAAGAUCUCCUGCAUCGGAUGGGACCCCGAGGGCGUCCUCGGCCCGCCGCAGGGCGGCCACAUCGUGCGCCUCGAGUUCCGCCGCCGCCUCGAGAGGGACUCCGACGCCCGCGAGGCCUUCGAGCGCCAGGUCCGCGAGGAGCACGAGCGACGCCGCCAGGAGCGCGAGGCGCGGGUCAUCCCUGACACGGACGCCGGCCUCGUCGAGUUCUUCCUCGACACGGAGGCGCGCGAGAUCGAGGUAGAGAUCGGCAGGCUCCGCCCCAGGCUCAACCAGCCCUUCUUCGACUACAUCCAGCGCGAGAUCGCCCAGAUCAAGUUCUCAAUCACCCGAACAGCGGAAAUGGAGGACCGAUUGAUCGAGUUGGAAGCGAUGCAAAAGGUUCUGCUUGAGGGAGUGGAGGCCUAUGACAAGUUGCAAAAUGACCUUGUCAGCGCGAAAGAACGCCUCACAAAGAUCCUGCAAUCAAGCGACAAAAAAUCGACACUUCUUGAAAUGGUUGAACGGAAUGAGCUCAACAUGUCCAUACUAACACUCCUCGAUGAAAAUAUAGCAAGCGCCAAGACCAACAAUCAGGAAGAAGCUGUGGCUUUCAUGGAGAAUGUUCGCUCAUCCAUCCUGAAAUAUAUUACAGUAUGAAAUUGGUAGGCAUGUGGACUUAGCCCUGUCACAUGGUUAUCAAAAUUAGGUCAUGAACCUGUAAUUUGCAAGGACAUGUCACAUAUUCAAGGGUCUGAUUAUGUUUCUCUCUUGUAUUUAGUUAUUGUGUUCCAUAUAUGCUCAUGUCAGUGUCAAUAGUUUUUUGGUAAAGAGAAAUUGUACAAUCAUAUACUUGUACCACCAACAUAUACUUGAACCAGUUUCCUGGUUGGACAGCUAGUUUUACCUGUUGCACAUCCAUUUGGUUU